GAAAGAAAAUGAUGAUUGCAUAUCAAUAACAAUCCCAACAAGUGUGUAUGGACAUGAGCAGAAACUUAAAAUUGAUUAUGCAUACAUUUUUUACUGGUGCUUUCAAAGAGAGAUUGGAGCUUCACAUUUGUCUAUCUUUAUGAAGUACUUGAGCGAAAUGUGUAAACAAGAUAGUGUUGCUGGAAUGUAUGGAUUUUGCGAUAUUGGUUAUUUAUCUCCGCUGACACCAAUGACUGAAGAAGGACGGUCAGACUAUUUAGCAAGUGUGUUUGGUCAAAAUGAAGGGAAGAAUCUUAAUCAACUUUUCUUUGCUCCGUAUAAAGAAAAUCCUUGGAAUGCAGUGGUGUUUUGGCUAGAUCCAGAUGGAGCAGAAAAUGAAAUUAGUGAAUUUGCUCAAAAGACCAUCAAUGAGUAUGUAGUACAUCACAUAUUCAUUAUAUCUACAUAUAAUGUGCUUAAAAUCAGUUUGCUUUCUUUGUGUUGUGAUUGUUUAAUUUAUGAGGACGUAUAUUACAAUAUCGAUAAUUACUAAUCUAAUUUUUUUAUAUUACAUUUUUUUAGUGGGAUAAAAAAGUUUAGCCAAAAACAUCGAAAAGACAUUAUCAAGAUAAAAAAGAAUCCAGGAAUUAGGUG